AGCCGAGAUCGCGCCAUUGCACUCCAGCCUGGGUAACAAGAGUGAAACUCCAUCUAAAAAUAACUAACUAACUAACUAACUAACUAACUAACUAACAUAUAUAUAUGGCUCUGAAUUAAUGCCUACACUUUUUAGAAACUUUAAAGGUGAUUAUUUUAAACAAUUUUCCUGUUUUUCAAAAAGACAGCUCGAGUUUGUGGGCUUUUUUUUUUCCUUUUGUGGUAAAUUUGAAAAUUUUAUGUGAAUGUGAGACUUAAAACACUUUUAAAAUGGGGUGCAGAAAAAAGCCUCUUUUUCUGGACAUUUAUUUUUGGAUCAAAUUCAAAUUCUGCUAUCUGGUUUAAACUAAGAAAAAGUAUUUAGUUAAUGCAGAUAAAACGUAUUACUUUAAUGUGAAUUUUUGAAUUAUUUUGAUAUUAAUAAUGUAAGCAUAACAAUGUCAAACUAAUUCUUUUAUAGAAGCUGUACAUUGGAAUGAGUUUACUGUCCUUGUAAUGCAAGCAAAAUACAUGAAGGAAAAACAGUUCUUUGUAUCUCUGCUUAUUGCACUUGAGACUAUUGAAGAUAGUUUUGUUUACCUAAGAAAAUUUGUGAUGUAAAUGAAAAAACACCUGUUUUCCUAGACUGAUUGGUUACAAGCAUGCUUCGUCUAAGAGCUAUUUGUCCAUUCCCCUGGAGAGUGUUUCAGUUUCGACCCAUCAGUUGUGAACCGCUAAUUAUUCAGAUGAAUAAGUGUACAGAUGAGGAGCAAAUAUUUGAUUUUAUUGAAAGAAACAAAGCUAUACUUUCAGAACAGCAAGUGGGAUGUGCAUUUAAUAUGCUUUGGAAGCUUCAAAAGCAGAAGACCAGCGUGGUAAAAAAUGUGGAGUAUGUCAGAGACCAUCCUCAAUUUCUUACUCUUCAUAAUUUAGCUAUGAAUAAAUUCAGAUUAAUGAAUGACGAUACCCUGGUGAAUGUGUUAUACAUCACACAACAGUUUGAUAUUAAACUGCUAUCAGAAUUUUCCACUUGCCUAGCACAGCAGCGUUUAUAUUUUAGUCCUUUAAUGGGAAAAAUAGCUGAUAUUGUUCAUAGGAACUUGGAAACCACACAGGACUUAAGUUCCUUGUCUGUCUUAAUGGUCAACAUAUCUUCUUUAAUAUCACGACAUUUUCAAGAACAAUUGGUGAACAAAACAGAACUUCUUUUUGACACCAUGGAUUCUUCUGAGGUCGACUUUGCAAAAAGAAUAGUACAGUUUCUUCGAAAUGUUAGAUAUCGUUAUCAACCACUAUUAGAAAGGUGUAAUAAUGUAUUUUUAAGUAAUGUGGACCACCUUGAUUUGGAUUCCAUCAGUAAAAUACUUAGUCUACACAAAUUUCUGCAGUUUAAUAGUUUUAAAUUUAUUAUAGUGGCCAAAAAGAAGCUGACUGAAAUGAUUCCUCUGCUUAAUCAUCCUGCUAGCUUUGUAAAAUUAUUUGUUGCAUUGGGACCCAUUGCAGGACCUGAAGAAAAGAAACAACUUAAAUCAACUAUGUUAUUGAUGGCAGAGGAGCUAACUGGUGCACAAGCCCUGGCAGUGUUGGGAGCAUUGGAAGAUAUGGAAAGCAGAAAUUCACAUCUGAUUAAAAGAGUUGCUUCAGUUCUGUAUAAACAUUUGGAUAACUAUAAACCAUUAGAGUUGUUGAAGAUAACUCAAGCAUUGACUUUUCUGCAUUUCCAAAGUAAGGAGUUUUUUGUGAAACUUAGAGAAUUACUGCUUAGUUAUUUGAAAAUCAGUUUCAUACCAACUGAGAUGUCCCUUCUGGUCUGUGCUAUUUCCAUGCUUCCUUCUCCUCACUUGGACGAAGUGGGGAUAUCCCGAAUUGAAGCAGUUUUACCACAGUGUGACCUAAAUAAACUGACUAGUUUUUCCGCAUCUGUUUUAAGAUGGAUUCAGUAUGACCACAUGCAUUUGGAUAGUAAUACUGGGAAACAACUGAAACUACUUCAAAAAUUAGAUCACUAUGGUCAUCAGAGACUACAACACAUCAACAGUUUUGAUCUGUUAUGGAAGGAACUGAAAUCUCUCAAAGGAGACGUGUUUCCUGAGUCACUUAUUGAAGAAAUGAUUGCUGCUUUACAGCGUUUCAGGGAUGAAAUUAAUUACAUAAAUGUUGCAGAGAUUGCAUAUUUUAUUUCUAAAACUAAUUACCUCAGUACUUUGCUACUCGAUAGGAUAGCCUCAGUGGCUGUUCAGCAGAUUGAAAAGAUCCAUCCAUUUACAGUUUUUGCUAUUAUUAUGCCGUUCAGCGUUUUGAAUUAUGAUCCACCUCAAAGGGAUGAAUUUUUAGAAACUUGCAUGCAACAUCUUAAUUCUUACUUAGGUAUAUUCGAUCCUCAUAUGUUAGUGUUUCUUGGUUUCUCUUUGGCCACACUUGAAUAUUUUCCAGAAGAUCUGCUAAAGGCAAUUUUUAACAUCAAAUUCUUAGCUAGAUUAGAUUCUCAACUUGAAGUUUUACCUUCAUCUCUAAGUACAAGAGUCCAGUUUCAUCUUAUGGAGUUAAAUAGAGCAGUCUGCUUGGAAUGCCCUGAGUUUCAGAUUCCAUGGUUUCAUGACCGCUUCUGCCAACAAUAUAAUAAAGGUAUUGGUGGCAUGAAUAGAGCACAACAGCAGAUUUAUAAAAUGUUAGCAGAGGUACUAGGAGGAAUCAAUUGUGUAAAAGCCUCGGUUCUUACGCCUUAUUACCACACAGUAGAUUUUGAGUGUACCUUGGAUAAAAAAAAAAAACCUCUUCCUUAUGGAAGCCAUAAUAUAACAUUGGGACAACAACCAGAAAUGCCCUGGGAAUCAAAUACUGAAAUAGUUGGAUCAAGGCUGCCACCAGGAGCUGAAAGGAUUGCUUUGGAAUUUUUGGAUUCGAAAGCAUUUUGUAGAAAUAUUCCUCACAUAAAAGGAAAAUCUGCUAUGAAAAAACGACAUUUGGAAAUUUUGGGCUAUCGUGUAAUUCAGAUUUCUCAGUUUGAAUGGAACUCUAUGGCACUGUCAACAAAGGAUGCUAGGAUGGACUACCUGAGAGAACGUAUAUUUGGAGAAGUCAAAUUAUGAUUGUAGUUGUUUAAAUGAAUGUUAUCAUGUGUCACAUUUGGACUUAUUUUAAUUAAGUGGCCUGACUCAAUAUAAAAUAAGAGGUACAAAUAUCCUAAGGUGAGAACAUGCCUGGCAUGUUUGAGAAUAACAAAGGAUCCAGUAUGGCUGGAGCAGAACAAGUGGGGAGUGGGGUGGGAGUAUGUAAGAGAAAAGGAAAGAGAUAACAGAGUCAAAUACAACCUCUUGGCUACUUGGAGUGAGAUGAGAAGCCAUUGGGGGGAUUCAAGCAAGGAAUGAUAUGAACUCACAUUUUAACUGCAUUACUUUGGCUACCUUGUUGAGAUAAGAAAAGACUAUGAUGAGGCAAAAGUGUAAGCAAGAAAACCCUCUAUGAGGUCAUUGCAAAAAUCCAGGCAAGAAAUGAAUGGUGGCUUGGAGAGAGUGGAGCAGUGGAGGUAAUGAGAAGUAGUCAGAUUUUUGGAUGUAUUUUGAAGAUAAAGGCAACAGAAUUUGCUCAGUGAGUGGAUAUGAGGUAUGAGAGAAAUAGGAUUCAAGGAUAAUUCUAAGUUUUUGUCCUAAGCAACUAAAAGGAUGUUAAUGCUAAUGAGCAUUAACUGAGAUGGGGAUGGUCUACAGGACGAGCAAGAUGGGGCAGGUGGUGGGGUUGAUUAUGAGUUUGUUUUAGAUAUGUUGAGUUUGUGAUGUCUUUUAAACAUCUAAGUGGAUAUACCAAAUAGAGAAUUCAGUAAACGAGCUUGGAGGUCAGGGAAGAGAUCCAGGCCCCAGAUACAAUGUAUAAGUUGUCAGCAGUAUUCAAUGCCCUGAGACGAAAUCACUUAAAAUGAGGUAAGAGUGUGAAUGGAGGAGAGGGCUGAGGACUGAGUUUGGUGCUCCAACAUUAAAAGAUUAAUAGGAAGAAGAGGAAUCAGGAAAGGAGACUGAGCAGGGAUGGCCAAUGAGAUAGGAGGAAAGAAGGUAGUAAUCCUUCCUAGAAGCCAAGUGGAUAAAGCAUUUCAAGGAGGUGAGUAGUGGUAUCAGAUGCUGCUGAUAGGUCAGGUAAGAUGAGAAAUGGGAAAUGGCUAUUAAAUUUAGCAACAUGGAAAUCAUUAGUACUUUGAAAAGAGUCAUUUUGAAGUGGCGUGUGUGAAAGCCUGACUAGUUCAAGAGAAAAUGGGAGGAUAUACGUUUUCUCCUAAAUGGAAGCAAAGAAAUGGGGUCGUAGCUGAAUGGACCAAUCUUGACCUGGUCUGAGCCUACACAUGUUGAGGGAAUAAUGGUAUUUCCCUGUCUUACAACACAUUUAUUCAAUAAAAUGGUUACUAAG